CGGAGGCGAAGGCUCUCGGGCGGCGAGCGGAGGGGGGGCUCGGCUCCCGGCGGCCGGAUACUGCUCCUCGGCGGAGGAGAAGGGGAAGGAGAAGGGGCAAAGGAACCGCCCCCGGACCUGCGAAGCUCCGGCGCUGCUGGCUUCCUUAAGCCAGACUCAGUAUCGAUAGAAUGAAAAAAUUUAAGAGAAGACUUUCCUUAACCUUGCGAGGAAGCCAGACCAUUGAUGAAUCGCUGUCUGAGCUAGCAGAACAAAUGACAAUUGAAGAAAACAGCAGCAAAGAUAACGGUGUGAGUAAUAAUGGAAGGAUCAGCUACGGUAAAGUGCAGCCUAUUGUGAAGAAUGGCAGGCCUCCAACGUCUCACAGCAUGCACUCCUUUCUCCACCAAUACACGGGAUCUUUCAAGAAGCCCCCUUUACGGAGACCACACAGCGUCAUAGGGGGCAGCCUCGGCUCCUUCAUAGCAAUGCCCAGAAAUGGGAGCAGAUUAGAUAUUGUUCAUGAAAAUUUGAAAAUGGGAUCGGAUGGGGAAAGUGACCAAGCUUCUGGAACAUCAUCUGAUGAAGUUCAGUCUCCCACAGGAGUUUGUCUCAGAAACCGGAUACACAGACGAAUCUCAAUGGAGGAUUUGAACAAGCGCUUGUCCCUGCCUGCUGACAUCAGGAUACCCGAUGGCUACCUGGAGAAACUGCAGAUUAACAGCCCGCCCUUUGACCAGCCAAUGAGUCGGCGUUCUCGUCGAGCAUCCCUGUCAGAAAUUGGAUUUGGAAAAAUGGAAACCUAUAUCAAGUUAGAAAAGCUUGGAGAGGGUACUUAUGCCACAGUUUAUAAGGGGAGAAGUAAAUUGACAGAGAAUCUGGUAGCUCUCAAAGAAAUCCGCCUGGAACAUGAAGAGGGAGCACCAUGCACAGCCAUAAGAGAAGUGUCAUUAUUAAAAGAUCUGAAACAUGCAAAUAUUGUUACGUUACAUGAUAUUGUGCACACAGACAAGUCUUUGACUCUUGUUUUUGAAUAUCUGGACAAGGACCUGAAGCAGUACAUGGAUGAUUGUGGUAACAUCAUGAGUAUGCACAAUGUAAAGCUAUUUUUAUAUCAGAUUCUUCGUGGUUUGGCAUACUGUCAUAGGAGAAAGGUGUUACAUCGAGAUUUGAAGCCACAAAAUCUACUAAUUAAUGAGAAAGGAGAACUGAAGCUUGCAGACUUUGGAUUGGCAAGAGCUAAGUCUGUUCCUACAAAGACUUAUUCCAAUGAAGUUGUCACAUUAUGGUACAGACCACCUGAUGUUCUCCUUGGAUCUUCGGAGUAUUCAACUCAAAUUGACAUGUGGGGUGUCGGAUGCAUAUUUUUUGAAAUGGCAUCAGGAAGGCCUCUUUUUCCUGGUUCCACCGUUGAAGAUGAACUGCACUUAAUUUUCAGACUUCUUGGAACUCCAUGUCAAGAAACAUGGCCAGGCAUUUCUUCCAGUGAUGAAUUUAGAAACUACAACUUUCCUAAGUAUAAACCACAACCUCUCAUCAAUCAUGCACCAAGGCUAGACACGGAAGGAAUUGAAUUGAUAGCGAAGUUCCUUCAAUAUGAAUCAAAGAAGAGAAUUUCAGCAGAAGAGGCCAUGAAACAUGCAUACUUCAGAAGUCUUGGAACAAGAAUACACACUCUGCCUGAAAAUGUUUCAAUAUUCAGUCUAAAAGAGAUUCAAUUGCAAAAAGACCCUGGCUUUCGAAAUUCCACUUACCCAGAGACCGGACAUGGGAAGAACAGAAGGCAGAGCAUGCUUUUCUAAAGGGGGCAGUGCAGAAUCAAGCCCAAGCCUAUCCUGUCGAUCAAGGACUCGGAUCUGAAGGCAGUGCUUUCUGUUUGGUGGACUUGGAAUCGCAGUUUGUCUACACUGUCCUCUUAACAGUGGAGUCUUUUUAUUUCCAACCUGCAAAUUAUGUUUUUAUAUUUGUUGUCACAGUGUGACAAUUUUUUGUACAGUUGGUUUUAAGGUCUCCUCUGCCACUAGAGCCAGUAGGUUACAGCUGUUGAUGUAACUGUAGCUGCAAUUUUUGUGCAGGACUGAGAAACACAGUGCAUUAUUUAUUGCGGAAUCAUUGCUGCUAAAUAACUACUGUCUGUAUAGUUAACACAACAGUUCCAUGCUUGAAGAAGUUGCAAUGGCUUUAUAAUAUGUGAAUGCAUCUGUUUCUCUUGAUAAAAUGUUCUACUGCUGCGGGGUUUUUUGUAUUUCUUAAACUGCAGUGUUUCCUGGAAUGUAAACAUAGCUUUGCUUGGCUAUAGGUGAGCCAUCUUUAAUGCUCUAAGUUCUUGGCACUUAAUUCCUUAUUUAACAUUGGAAGUAUGUGUUGAAUAGUUGAAAAAUUAUAAUGCAUAUUAUGUUCUUGAAAAGCACAUGGUGUGAAGGUUGAUUCAAACAAGUGAAAAGUAACUUUGAUUUGCUCUCAGAUCCUAUGUUAGUUAUUGGUAAAUUAGAGCAUGGAGGCUGGACGUUUUGUCAGGCUUACUCCAGCAUAACAUAUUUGCACAUUGUUGUGCAUAUGGGGCCUGCAGAAACAAUUAACUUUUUUACCUUGUUUUUAACUUAGAAAUACAAAUAGUAAAAAGACAAUUCAUGUAUGUUGGACCCUGGCUUACUUUUCAUUACAGAGGAACAGGACAACUAAUUAUACAAAUACGGGAAUAAUGUCACAUUUUUCCCACCUUGUUGCUCUCCCAUUUGUGCAUUAUUCACUUGAAAUCAACUGGAAAGAUGCAAGUUUGUACUUGAGAAGAACUCACUAUGCUACAGAGCUUUUACAAUGGGAACUUAGAGAGUUUUUGAGAUCUUAGAUGUUACCUGUUUUCCAGAGAUAGUAAACAUAUUACUACUAUGCUUAUGCAUCUCAGUGAGUAUCAUAAGUACACCCUUGGUGAUGGUUGCAGUAUUUUUAAGCAUUUGUGUUCACCUUUAUGAACCUAUUUGUUUAGUGCAUCUUAAAGAGACUGUAAAUCUUUAUUGGUAUAUUUUGAAAUGGUCAUGUAAAUCUUUGGCUGGUAUAUCAUGAAAAUAGUCAUAGGUAACUUAAUUUUUCCUGACAUUCACUGUAAAACGUUCAGGGGUCCUACCAUUUCUGUUCAGGAAAUCUUGUAGUUUAUUGUUAUUUAACAGUAUUAAGUGAAUUUUUGUAUAUUUCAUUUUAACUUUAUUUGUGAAUAGUGAUUGUGGCAUGUUUGGGGGUGUUUUAUUAAUAUUUCAUUGAUACUAGUAAAUUUGAAUUGGAAUUUUUUUUUAAUUUUAUUUUCUGGAAGAGAGAAAUUCAUGUGUAACGGUGACUAUUGGACCACUACCGCUUUUCAGCAUUUGUAAACCGGUUUUACGUUAAAUCUUGUAGACCUAACAAACUGCUGUUAUUUCUAACUGACCGACCUGUAUUAAUAUUGUACUUUUGAAAGUAUAAAUAUUACGUGGAAUUCU